CUCUGGCAGCUUCCUUGACUCCCAGAGAAGACAUCCACAAGUAAAACAAGAAACGUCUGAGAUGCUUCUAUGCUGUCUGACUGGACCUUUGCAUGUAAUACAUGUUUAUCCGUUCCCUGCCAUGUUGCACGUGCCUUCUCACUCGCUGUUCUGAGCACAUGUUGAGCGAUGAUAAACUUUCUUUCUCUUCCUUACUGUGCUGGGUAAAAGCACCUAGGGAUACUCCAGGGCACUCACAAAAUACAAUUCAGACCAAUAAAGCUAAAUGGGUCCAGUCACUGGAAUGACUCCGGACAGGAAAGCUAAAACGCCAGGAGCAGAAAAAGCUGCCGGACUAAGGCAGGUUCACAGGAUGGGAAGCUUGCCUGAAGCAGGAGAUGCUGGGAGGCCUAAGGCCACGGUGGUGGACAGCGAUUCAACAGAUGACGAACUCACGAAUUUGAACUGGCUGCAUGAAAGUACUAAUCUUCUAACAAACUUCAGCCUUGGAAGCGAGGGUCUUCCAAUUGUUAGCCCUUUGUAUGACAUAGAGGGUGACAGCGUGCCAUCCUUCUCACCAUCCUGCUACCAGAACCCAGAAAAAAAAUCAUCGACUUCCAAACCCCCUUAUUCCUUCAGCCUUCUCAUCUAUAUGGCUAUCGAGCACUCUCCCAACAAGAGCCUCCCAGUCAAAGAAAUCUACAGCUGGAUCCUGGAGCGCUUCCCCUACUUUGCCACAGCACCAACGGGGUGGAAGAACUCUGUCCGACACAACCUCUCCUUGAACAAAUGUUUCCGAAAGGUGGAGAGAAGCCAUGGCAAGGUGAAUGGAAAAGGUUCAUUAUGGUGCGUUGAUCCAGAAUAUAAGCCUAAUCUUGUUCAAGCACUGAAGAAACAGCCUUUUCCCUCAGCACUUGCGUUUUAUACUCCACCAGCGUCACCACCAAGUAGGUCAUCGUCUCCUCACUACUUAACUUCAGUACUUAAGCAGAAUCAUGGCCGAUCUCUCAAAGAAUCUGAUAUUGAUGCCGCUACUGCGAUGAUGCUGUUGAAUACUUCUAUCGAACAAGGGAUGCUAGACUGUGAGAAAGCUCAGCCUCUGAAGACACCUAAGAAGAGAAGUUAUGGCAGCGCAUUUAAUCCUUCCAGUUCGAUAAAUCUGCAAGAAAAUGAUUCUGCAGCCACCAAUAUUGAUCCAAAGGAGGAUCACAAUUACAGUGCUAGCAGCAUGGGCUCGCAGCGCUGCGCAUCUAGGUCCAGUGUGUCUUCCUUGUCCUCCGUCGAUGAGGUAUAUGAAUUCAUCUCCAAGAACAGCCAUGCUGGAAGCGAUGGCAGUGAAGGAUUUCACAGUGAAGUGGAUACAGACGUUGACUAUGAAGAUGAUCCUCUUGGAGACAGUGGCUAUGCAUCACAACCUUGUGUAGAUACCUCUGAGAAAAGUCAGCCUAGCAACAAAGCACUCAAGGAGUUAUGUCAAGAAAUUGAUGAGGAGUUGAAAGAAGCAGCAGGGUCUCUGCUCCACCUUGCUGGCAUCCGAACGUGCUUGGGUUCCUUAAUAAGUACUGCAAAGACCCACAGUCACAAGCAAAGGAAAAAAUAGUCUGUUUGUCAAUGUUGAAUAUAUACAUAUAUUUUUUUUAAUUGUGGCAAUACUCUUCUACUUUUACCCUUCGCAAGGGAGAUCAAAGCCAUAAGAGGACUCAUUGCUUUUUUAUUUUUGGCGCUAACUGUAAUUUAGCCAUUUAUUUUUAAAUCACUGCCUAAAAAGAAAAAAAAAUAA